AUGAAGGCACCAGAAGAUUUACUAAAAAUAUAUAAAGCAAAUGUAAAUGCAUUCUUUACCGGAAGUGCGAGUGAAUCAUCCCACAGAAAAUAUUCCAUAGAAGAAAUAUCACACAUAACUUACUUUAAGUUGCAGGACGAGCUAUCCCCACCAGAUGAAGAGAAUAAAAUGGCUCCACUCUUAUACACAAAAAUAAUUGGACCAAUUGACAAUUCUGAAAUAAUUGCCACAGUAAAAUACUUAAAUGAUUGUUUUCCAGAAAUACACUCAUUAAGCAAGCAUAAACAUCUGCUCAAGUGGUAUAUCAUAAUAGUGUCAUUUCCAUGGAUAUCUUCGCUGAUAGAAUCAUUGCCAAAGGACAUGCUUCCUUUACUUAGUGAUGAUAUAUACAGGCUGUCUCUUGACAACAGGCCUGCUUAUUUCCCAUGCGAGCUGUUUUUAUCCAAAGCUGUUUCCCACACACUUUGUAUUAUAAACAUACAAGAAACAGAAGAAACACUUCUCAACUAUUUCCAUGAGUAUUCAGUAGAAAAGGCUGUAUCCAGAGAGAACCGCGCUUAUCUAAAAAUAGAAAGUAAAAUCGAUGCAAAAAACAUAUACAUUAUGCUUUCUGGAAAGUUAAUUAAUUCAAAAUGCACUUUCCUUUAUUAUUACCCGGACAUUUUAUCAAAUAUAAACAUAUUCCUGUAA